CGCGCGAUCAUGGCGGACGUGUUGAGUGUUCUUCGCCUGUACAACAUCCAGAAAAAAGAGAUCGUUGCGAAAGGGGAUGAAGUUAUUUUCGGAGAAUUCUCCUGGCCAAAAAAUGUCAAGACGAACUAUGUCAUUUGGGGAACUGGGAAGGAGGGACAACCUAAAGAGUACUACACCCUUGACUCAAUUCUAUUUCUGCUCAACAAUGUACAUCUUCCUCACCCGUCCUAUGUCCGCAGAGCUGCGACUGAGAACAUCCCUGUUGUAAGACGACCAGACAGAAAAGACUUGCUCUCGUAUCUCAAUGGAGAAAGCUCAUCAUCAACGAGUAUCGACAGAAGUGCUCCCAUUGAGAUCGGUCUGCAAAGGGCGACGCAAGUUAAAAGGGCUGCAGAUGAAGUUUCAUCAGAGGCAAAAAAGCCACGGGUUGAGGAUGAGGAGCGAGUGCGUCUGGAUAAGGAGCGUUUGGCCGCUCGUCUGGAGGGUCAUAAGGAAAGCAUUGUGCAGACAGAUCAGAUCAGAUCGCUGUCAGAGGCCAUGUCUGUGGAGAAAAUUGCUGCCAUCAAAGCCAAGAUCAUGGCUAAGAAGCGUUCUACCAUCAAGACUGACCUGGAUGAUGACAUUACCCUAAAACAGAGAAGCUUUGUGGAUGCAGAAAUGGAUGUGACCAGAGACAUUGUGAGCAGAGAGAGAGUCUGGCGAACAAGGACGACAAUUUUACAGAGCAGUGGCAAGAACUUCUCCAAAAAUAUAUUUGCCAUCCUGCAAUCAGUGAAGGCACGGGAGGAAGGGCGAGUACCUGAACAGAGACGGACUCCGAACCAGACUCAAGUGGAUCCAGCGAUAAGAAAUAAACAGCAAGUCCCUGCUGCCUACAACAGAUACGAUCAGGAGCGAUUCAAAGGGAAAGAGGAAACGGAGGGAUUCAAAAUCGACACCAUGGGAACAUAUCACGGCAUGACACUGAAGUCAGUGACGGAAGGAGCGUCUGCAAGAAAGGCCCAGACACCAGCCUUGCAGCCUGUUCCCAGACCAGUCUCACAAGCAAGACCCCCACCCAACCAGAAGAAAGGUUCAAGAACUCCCAUUAUCAUCAUUCCUGCAGCCACAACAUCUUUAAUCACAAUGCUCAAUGCCAAGGAUCUCUUACAAGACUUGAAGUUUGUCACACCGGAGGAGAAGAAGAAGCAGGGCAUUCAGAGAGACAAUGAGGUUCUGCUACAGAGACGUAAAGAUCAGGUGCAGCCGGGCAGUGCCACACUCACUGUCACAGUGCCCUACAGGGUGAUCGACCAGCCACUCAAACUCGCCCCACAGGACUGGGAUCGCGUAGUGGCAGUCUUUGUGCAGGGUCCCGCCUGGCAGUUCAAGGGCUGGCCGUGGCUUCUGCCUGAUGGAUCCCCUGUGGAUAUUUUUGCCAAAAUCCGAGCCUUUCAUCUGAAGUACGACGAGGCACGGACAGACCCAAACGUACAGAAGUGGGACGUGACUGUGUUGGAGCUGAGCCACCACAAGAGACAUCUUGACCGGCCCAUCUUCCUACGCUUCUGGGAAACACUGGACAGAUAUAUGGUCAAACACAAGUCCCAUCUGAGGUUCUGAGGAGAUUGCUGGCCAUCCAUUUUUCAGCUCAUCAAGACUGUCAAGAUCCUUCCAAAACCUGCCAAGAAUGGACUACUUCACCCCUUGUUCCUCUCAGCCCAUGAAAGCACUUUACAUAUUAAUCUACUUCACCUUCUGCUGACACCAAUAUGAUUUCUAGUCUCUUCCACCCAUAGAUUAAAUAAAGUGUCUACAGGUCAGGGUUGGCGAGAGGACAUUUGAAAGUUUGGGUUGGCCCUUUAAAGUUUUCUACGUAGAUUUGUAUUAAAGCAGCUGGUAAGCAAGGCAGAUUCAAAAGGAGAUCGUUGGAAUCCUGUUUUCUAUUUGAUAUGUUUUCUCUUUUGGGGAUUUCUGUACAAUUCAUUGUAAAACAUGAGCUUGGAUAAACGAAAACCAUUAAAAAUGGUGGCUCACUGAUAUGAAUAAAAUGACUGCUUUGUCAAAAUAGUUUUGGAGUAGAUUCCUUUUUUUAACAUUAAAUUUAAGUUUUCAAAUGUUUGUGAAACAUGUUUGUCUGUCUUCUGUUCUAUGAAGAGUAGUACGUUGAUGUUCACUGCGCAAAUGCAAUUGCUAAAAGUGGUACAUGAAAAUGGUUGAUAUAAUUUACAUUAGACAAAGGCUUCAUGGGUUAGAAUGAGAGAUUCCUUUAUAUCAUAAUGACCAGAAACAAUACUUUAAUGCAAAGUGUAAGGCUACAGUUUUAUCUGUACUUUGAUUUUUGAGUGUGAAUAUGCUCUGUAAUUCUUCAACAUAUUAGGAAAUGUUGUUCUGUUUUACCAAAAAUCCAAGAAGUGUUGCUUUCAUUGGUUUACUAUUUUUGAAAUGGUCAAAAUGCAUUUGCUCUACUUGUGAUCUGAAAGGGCAAAUCUUUUUUUUAUUUCUUUUUUUUUAUUAUAUAUAAAUCCAUUUGGAGAGUUUGUUUUUAAACAUUUAUGUUGAAUGUGUAUUAUUAAAAGGAAAUAAAGUAAAAGCAAAUGU